AUGCCGGGGCGAUGGCCGUGGAUCAAGGAACCACUCCUCAUUGACGCCACUAUUGGCAAUGUGGUUAAACGCAACCGUCGGGACUUCUCCGCCGCCUGGAUAGACUAUAGAAAGGCAUUGGACUCGGUGCCCCAUACAUGGCUUAAAAGGGUCCUCGAGCUGUACAAGGUUGAAUGUACGGUUAGAGACUUCCUUGAACAACAGUAUAUGGGGCAGUGGAGUACGAUCCUUUGUCAUCUAGGCCAGCGGAUGACGGCUGCGAAAAACCACAUAAGGAUAAGAAGGGGUAUCUUCCAGGGCGAUUGUUUGAGUCCAAUCUGGUUUUGCCUCUGCCUGAACCCUCUCGGUACCUAA